CUAUCAUUCUUUUUGCCAUGUCUUUGACACCCGUCCAAACUUCCAACGCUCCUGCUGCCAUCGGUCCUUAUGCUCAAGCCAUCAAGGUGAACGGUAUGGUGUUUACCUCGGGCCAGAUUCCUAUCGUGCCCGCUACCGGUCAAAUUGUUGAAGGCGGCAUUGUUGAACAGACUCGCCAGAGUUUGACCAACAUUUCCGAAGUACUCAAGGCUUCGGGUUCCAGCUUGGAAAAGGUGAUCAAAACCACCGUCUUUUUGAAGGACAUGAACGACUUUGUUGCCGUGAACGAAGUUUAUGCCACGUUCUUUUCUACCCACCAACCUGCACGCAGCGCCGUCGAGGUCGCCCGGUUGCCCAAGGAUGUCCUUGUAGAAGUGGAAUGCAUCGCUUUGACCGAAUAGACACCAAAAACCCCGUCCAAAAUAAAUGUUGAAUUAGAGAAAAAAAGAAGUAAAAUCUGUGAAAACUUUUACAUGAUCACGCACGGCGAUUUGCUGGCGCUGUUGUCUUUAUUCAAUUCGGCCAACCGUUUCUCGGCAUCCUUCCCAAUGGCUCCACCGCUCGCUGCAGCUUUGGACAGCCACUGUCGAGCUUCGUCGAGAUCCUUCUUCACUCCGCGUCCCUCAGCAUACAUUCCUGCCAAAUUGGCCUGCGCCAGCUGAAAACCCUGAAGAGCCGCCAUCCGAAAGAAUUCGGCCGCAUUGAAACUGUUGGGUUCCACGCCAUGGCCUUUCAAAAAUCGAAGUCCCACAUUAUACUGCGCUUCCGGCAUGCCUGUAACAGAUCGUUGAUUUAUAAGACAUCGUCACCAAGACACACUGAGUACUGAGGGGCAUAUAUUACCUUUCAUGGCUGCUUUUUGGAA